AUGCUACUUUCAAUUCUAACCAGCGUAUUCGUUGCAGCUUUGUCGAUUAGCUCGACAUCGGCUUCUCCUACAACCAAUCAGACUGCUGAUUUGAUUUCGAAUUCGUUUGCCGGGAGCAAUCUGUAUUUUCUGCAUGGACUCCCUGCUAACACACAGCGUGAUUAUGUUGGAACGCUCGCUGGGUGGGGUGUCAAGGUAGUCCGGCUCUGGGUUACGGGAAUCUCAGGAAACUGCAUAAAGGGAAGCACCAAUACAGUGGCGAUCAAUCAAUUGGAAGCACCAGGCUCUAUUGGAACUUAUAAUACCUCUGUUCUUGCGGCCCUGGAUGCUACGCUCGAGAUCUUGAGUGACUACAGCAUCAAAGCCAUCAUUUCUCCUCACGAUGCGGGCGUCCUCAACGGCGCAAAUGGCUGCGACGCUUAUUGUAAAAAAUACAAAGACUCUGACACUUUUUACUCAUCCACAUCCGCGAAAGCCGACUACGACAACCGCCUGGCUGCCAUCUUCAACUACGAGUCUCCAGCAUUUGGCAAGAAGUGGUCACAGCUGUCUGAUGUCAUUCUCGCUUUUGAUAUCCAGAACGAGCCUAUGAUCGGCUCAACCGGCAAACUAGACGACAACGAUCCAAACGACUGGAUCUGUGGCCGUGCAGGAGUGAUGAAAGGUCUCCUAGGGGAUUCUAGCGUCAAGGUGGCCACAGGUGGUAUUGGAGGAUCUCAGUACUGUUGCGACCACGAGUAUAACGUACUUGAGAAGGCUCUCUACUGUGAUGCGAUCGACAUCGUGAGCAUUCAUGGGUAUAUGAGUGAAGCCAGCGAUUGGGCUUACUUUGUCACGGGAGAUGCUUCGGUGCUGAAAAAGGCUAACAGUACGGGCAAGCACGUUAUGAUCGAGGAGUGGGGCGUCUCUACAAGCUAUGAAGAUAGUUUUGACACGCAGGUCAAAGUGUUCAAUGAUGCUGGAAUGCCAUGGUUAUACUGGCAGGUUAUCCCCGGUAAAGACCAGACACAGGACGGGGCGCUCGAUAGCUGUGGUUAUGACGGGUAUGAGAUUGGUUUGAAUAGCUCGAAGGGAGAUGUUGCGAAGGCGAUUGCAGAUGCUAAUACUGUGACGGCAUUUCAAAGUUGGAAUGGCUAUGUGUAUUGA